AUGCUUUCUAAUGAUGCUGCUGCUGCUGAUGAUGAUGAUGAAGACUCGUGGCAAAACAAAGCAACGCUGAAGUUUAGUGAAAGAAAUAAGACACAUCUCAGCCAAAACUGCACCAUCAUGGGUUAUUUCACAACAUCUACGCGUUUUUGGCACGGUGCACACCACUCCAGGACACAAGAGCUGCGAAAAUACAUCCAGAGAGCAAAUCAAGACAGUCAGCGAAGCGACGAGAGCCUAAAUUCGGUUACUGUUUGUGUCUCUGAUGAACUCUCUCCUCCUCAGGCCUUGGCUAAAGGCGGUGUGACCUAUAGGGAUGAGCCGUGGCAUAAGGAGUGCUUUGUUUGCACAAGCUGUAAAGUCCAACUAGCUGGCCAACACUUCACCUCCCGUGAUGACAGCCCAUACUGCCUCAAAUGUUUUGGCAAUCUGUACGCCAAGAAGUGUGAAGCCUGCAAAAAACCUAUUACAGGUUUUGGUGGAGGAAAGUACAUUUCGUUCGAGGAACGGCAAUGGCACCAACCGUGCUUCACCUGCUCUCGUUGCUCCGUGUCGCUGGUGGGCGCAGGCUUCUUCCCCGAGCAAGAUGAGAUUCUCUGUCGCAACUGCAACAGCAGCUUAUAGAACGCAACCCCUUAUCUACACACCUUCCCUUCCCAUAUGCACGCAUACAUAUACAUGCACAUGUCUAUUUCACACUGCUGUGCCCUCAAAUGAGAACGUCACAUCUCAAGUUGCACCCAUGCAGAUACUGCUUUUGAGAUCACACCAACAGUCUGCUCCCACACACACAAUAGUCUGAGCUUCACCAAAAUACUCAAAGAAUAAGCUUGCUGGUUUACGACUUUUAAAAGAUGUACCAAAGAUUGAUGUUGAGUUGUGAAAGCUACGUGAUGCUGAGUUCCAACUACAGUCUAUCCAUUGCACAAUCCAGAAUCAACAUUCCAUAAACUUGUAGGUCUAUAUGCACAGAUAAUAAUAUCUGAUCUGUCUAUUAGUUAUUCCCAUCUUUAUUUUUCAGAACUUUCAUUAGGCUGGUAAU